AGCUGCUGCCUGUAGGAGUGUACGAAGGUUAAGGUAGCAUUCGAGUAUAUAAAGCGUUUCGGCGAACAAUUCAAUUUCAAACCUGUCUUGUGAAGUGGAAGUGGGAAAACGCGGGCAAAAACUUGGCGGAUCAGCAUGAAGUUCGGUGCUGCAACUCUUCUCUUGCUGGCAUACAUCUCAAUCGCCAAUUCUGAUUUUAUAUCACCGUGGACAGCGGGAUGGAGCGCCGUAAUAGUAACGGGACACCCCGCCGGAUACAAUGAUGGCGGUCAUCCGGGUCACUUUGAUGACUCUAAUGACUCGUCAUCUGACAUGCUGGACCCUGAAAAUUUCCCAUCAAUCGAUGACGAAUCGGCGACUUACGCAACUCAAUACAUUGCGCAGGAUGAAUUGGGACAGACUAGUUUCGGUUACGCUCAUCCCGGUCAGGCUGCCACCAACUACCGCGAUGCUUGGGGAAAUCAGGUAGGUAAUUGGGCGUUCAUCAGUCCCGAAGGGCAGAAGAUUAUCGUCGCUUACAUCGCUGAUGACCAAGGCUUCCGUGCCUUCUCCGACCAUCUACCUGUGGCCCCGUCGUUCAUCAAUGUGGCACCAACGGAGACACUCGAAGUAGCUGCGGCUCGCGCCCAACACUUGGCCGCUUAUCAAAUUGUUAAGGACCGUGAUGUUCUUUUAAUUCCGCCAUCAGCCCCAAGUGUCGAUUAUACCCAGUCUGUGACGGAUACACCUGAGGUGAAAAUGGCACGAGCGGAAUUCAUGAAGCUUUUCAACGAGGUCAAGACUGCGCGCGCUGUGUAACAUAAGCUAUGGCCAUACUACUGUAAAUGAUUGUUAUCAUUCGUGCAUAAUUCCAUUCCUAUCCUAUUUUGAUGAAGUGUGACAAUAAUAACGAAUUUUUAGAAAGCCCA